AUGGCGGCCCAAACCUGUUUCUCCGGCUGCUGCCUGCCCCUGAAGCAGCUGCUGAGCGGCCCCACCCCGCGCACCGGUGGCGCGGUGCCGGAUUGCUCGCCCUGGGGGCCUUCGCCGGAGGUGGACUUGAUCCCCUCCCAUGACCGGCCGUGCGUUGGCAGCUGGGCCUCCCCCGUGCCCUCCAUGCCAGCACCCUGGGGCACCUGGGAGAUGGUGGAGGGGGACCUCGAACUCAGGGAAACUCCGCCAGCGGGCACGGUGACCCAUUUGGAUGGCAAGCCCAGGCGCAUCAGUCGCGAUGCGAUUGCAGGGGCACAGCCUGGAAGGUUGCAGGAGAUUGGCAUCUCGCGGACAGAUUCACCGUCCAACUUCAUGUGGGAACAGUUGCUCUCCUCCCCCGGCAGCCUUCCUCAAGGCUUAACAGAGGUGGAGUGUCAGAAACAGACCGAGAAAUUGGUGGACAAGGCCUUGGCGACGAUGCCCAAGGCCGUCGGCGAGCGCUUAGCCAAGGCCCCACGUCGCCUGUUGGUGCAGCGCUCGCUGCAGGGGCAGCGAUUGAGGCGUGGCAUCCUGAGAGGUGCGACGCUGGCAUUCAUCACCACGGGAUAUGAAGGCAAGCGAUUCAUCUACGAGAAAGCCUACGAGCUGGGCGUGCGCAUCGUGGUCAUUGACAGCCCUGACAGUUGGAGUAGGAAGUUAGUUGAGGAGAAGAAGGCCGUGAAGUUCAUUCCAGUGGACAUGAUGCAGUCCUCCUCGGAGGUGGUGAAGUCGUGCUUGGCAGCCCUAGAGGCUUGCGAGCAGGAUCCAGUGGUUGGCAAGAUCGACGGCGUGUGCACCUUCGCCGAGCUCUCGGUGCCGCUGACCGCGCGCCUGGCGGAGCUCUUGGGGCUGCCGGGACCGCUGACGUCGGCCACGGAUCAGGCCCGCGACAAGUCCCUGACGCGCCUGGCGAUGCGCCACAACGGGCUGCCCACGCCGCCGGUGCACGAGAUCCGCAGCGACGCGGACGUGGAACCGGCGGCCCGACGGGUGGGCUUUCCGGCGGUGCUGAAGCCGGUGUCUGGUGCAGCAUCGGUGGGAGUGAAGAAGGUGAAUUCCUUGGAAGAGCUCCAGGCGACAUAUCAGGCACGGCACAAAGAGCUGGGCUCGCUGGUGGUGUCCAGUGGAAACAUCGUCAAGGUGACGCUGAGCGAUUUGAAGCUGGGCAAGACGGGGGGCGAUGGCCAUCCGGAGGAUGGGUUGCAUCCUUUGGGGAUGCGAGCUGGUAUCUAUCGACCUGUGCAGAAAGACCUAGAGACAGCGUUGUCGAGAAGACUGCAAUGGCACGAAAUGGAGAAACCUUUUCCGAUGGAUUGCGGAGCAGUGAAACGAAAGCUGCUGGAGAUCUUAUGUCUUAAGGAGGUGUCUGAGGAGAUUCAAGAAGCAGUCAACGAACUGAUGGAAGCACUACCGGAGGAGGAGGCAGAUAUUGAGAUCUUCGACCUUUUCGCCUCGCCUGCGCUGCGCUGCUGGUUCCUAGGCCAUUUGGGGACUGAGCCCAAUGAGAUCUGGACCGGAGUGCACCAUCACGCAACUUUUAAGCUACACCAUUGCAAGAAGCAGGACAAAAUUCGAAGGCCUAUAGCGACCAGCAUUUAUCCCUCGGCCAAGCUGCUGACCGAGUUGUUACUGAGCUGCCCUGAACUGGUUCGUGGUAAGGAGGUCAUGGAACUCGGCGCCGGCUUCCACGGCCUGCCGUCGCUGGCCUGCGCUGCGGCCGGCGCCAAGGCGGUGCGCUGCACGGAGUCGGAGGCAACGGCGCUGCGACAGCUGGAGAUCAACGUGAAGGACACGGACAUCCAGGUGGAGAAGUUGGUCUGGUUGGAUCUUCCUGAGGACCUACCGAAAUUCCAGGUGCUCCUGGGCGCCGACGUCGUGCACGACACCUGGAUGGCCGCCGCCCUGCUACGCACCCUGCGCCGCAGCCUGGCGCCGACUUCGGGGCGAGCGGUGCUGGUGAUGCCAGCGGCCUACCAUCGUUUUGGAGUGGAGGAAUUUCAACAGUUGCUGCAAGAGGAACAUGCCUCGCGCGAGUGUGCAGAAUUCCGUCGCUGGCCACGGUUUGGGAAGGGGGAGCUACCAGCCAAGGUCUACUGGGGCACUGGUUUCCAUUUCCUGAAUCAGUGCUUGAGAAUUGCGGUUCUGAAGGAUGAUGGAUCAUCAGGUGGAAAGGCCAUCAACGCCGAAUCGGUGAUCGGGGCCCGUUUCCUGCUGGAAAGUUAUUUGGACGGCGACGAGGUGGAUGUAGACGUGAUCAUGUCCGACGGAGAAUGGCAAUUUGCCGCGGUGUCCGACAAUGGACCCACGUUGGAACCCUACUUCAACGAGACCUGGGCGGUGUCGCCCAGUUUGUUGCCCCGCAAGAAGCAAGUGGAACUGCGAGAGCUGGCUGUGAGCAGCGUGAAGGCCUUGGGUUUCCAGGACGGCAUCUUUCACGUGGAGUUGAAGUACACCACUUCGCAUGGCGCGCAGCUCAUUGAGGUCAACGCCCGGAUGGGUGACUUGGACGACUUGGACGAAGCGUCGAUUUGGUCGAAGAGCCGCCCUGGCUGGUUUCAGCUGGGUGAGAACUGGUCUCCCGUGAUUUGCCAAACUGGUCUUUUCCGUGUGGUCUCUUUGUAA